GACGCCGCUUCAUUCACAGAGAAGCCGGUGGUUAUUUUUAGGGGAGGAGGUGACAGGCAGCAGACGCCUUUGCAAAUAUUCCCAUCGCUCCUCCUCGCAUGCAGCUCGCAGGAUGUCAGCCGCCGCCGCUUAGCGAGCACAAACACACCGGCAGCUCAUUUUGACGGAAUAGUCGCGGAUUUUUUCCCUUGUUGGUUUAUUGCGAACGACGCACCGGGUUUGUGUGUGUGCGCUUCUUUUUCCUCGACACCUCGACAGAGCCGGUCGCAGCUGAGGAUCCUGUUUUUGGGAACAAGAGUUGAGUCCUGAUCAGGUGCAGAGAGAAGCCAGGAAGCAGAUCCGCCCAGCAGAGGUGAGGCUGCGGGAUCCGCCGCUCCUGCGGAAAAACAGCCGCGGGGAGCGGGUUCACAUGAUAGAUGGCGAAGGCAGACCAGCGUUUCGGCCAGCGGGACGGCUCCGACCAGAACUUCGACUACAUGUUCAAGCUGCUGAUCAUCGGCAACAGCAGCGUGGGCAAAACCUCCUUCCUGUUCCGCUACGCCGACGACUCCUUCAGCAACUCCUUCGUCAGCACCGUGGGCAUCGACUUCAAGGUGAAGACGGUGUACCGCAACGACAAGAGGGUCAAGCUGCAGAUCUGGGACACGGCGGGGCAGGAGCGUUACCGCACCAUCACCACCGCCUACUACCGAGGAGCCAUGGGCUUCAUCCUCAUGUAUGACAUCACCAACGAGGAGUCCUUCAACGCCGUCCAGGACUGGGCCACCCAGAUUAAGACGUAUUCGUGGGACAACGCCCAGGUGAUCAUGGUGGGCAACAAGUGUGACAUGGACGAGGAGCGAGUGGUUCCUCCAGAGAAAGGGAAGCACCUCGCCGACCAGCUAGGCUUCGAGUACUACGAGGCCAGCGCCAAGGAGAACAUCAACGUGCGGCAGGUCUUCGAGCGCCUGGUCGACAUCAUCUGCGUCAAGAUGUCGGAGCGCGUGGACGUGGAGGCGCCCAUGGCUCCCGGCGCCAAGACCACCAGACUGACCGACAAGCCCGCCCAGCUACCUCAGAAGUGCUGCUGAUUGGCCGCCGCCGCCACCGGCCGCCGCGCUUCCCUCAUCCAUCCCACUGCCGCUGCCCCGCCCGCCCGCCCGCCAAGCCCUCGUCUCUCUCGCUUCUGAGGUCCAAAGGAGAAAAAGAAAAAAAAUAUAUAAAAAAUAUGCCAUUGACUGUCGUUACAUCCCUCUGCUUACGUCCAUGUUUGUGAGUAACCAGUAAUCACCGCCUCUACUACUGCUAGCAUCUCUAUCUCUUUCACCCCCCAAAGUCUCUGAGGUUGGCCCUUACGCAGGUGGAGGGGUAAGGGAGCAGGAAGCAGGUACGCAGGAAAGCACAGCACUGCCUCUCCUCUCAAAGUGUAGCACAAUAAGACACACAAGCGCCACAGCCGUCCACGUUCACAAGUUUACAGGGGUGAAGAGAUCCGCAUCCAUACGCCUGCCAUCGGAUAGGCCGCUUCUCAGAUAGCUGCGAUGACAUCCAGACUUAUACGAUAUAUGCCUAUAGCCCAACUAACUGUUGAUAUUGGCCUUACUUUAGUGCAGUUUUUUGCUUGAAGACGCUUUAGGGCUACACCACCGAUGCACAACUCCCAGGCAGGGCUGUAAGUCCCAAUCAUGUGAGUCCGAGACCGACCGGGACCGGAGGGUGUCGAGUGAAAAAACGAGACCGGUAUCAAAUAUUUCCACGCUGUUAUGGCAACGCUACGCUGCUUUUUUCCCCCUCUUUUCUUUUGUACUGCAGAAUGUAAUGCAUUACACAGAAAGAACAAAGGAGAGUGCUUUUUGUGAUUUUUGCCAAAUGACUUUAUAAUAACAUAAUUUUGUUGCACUUUCCCUAAUAAACUUAUCACAAUUGAAAUACUUGCAGUCCCCUAAACGUCUUCAGCUCUGUUAAAAACAGACGAGGUGACGUCACGUCCAGGAGGUUCCAGCUGGAUAUCAGAAAAUGCUUCGGUAUCAGCGGUAAACGUCAGGUUUUGGUGUCGGUUCCUCACGAUCGCAGAGCGAGGCCGUCCGGAGAACGAUCACACAGAAGAGCGGUUGGGUUUUGAAUUAAGGGCGCGUGGCCACGAGCAUUGUCAGGUUGUAGUGAGCCAGUUUGCCAGCUAGCUCAUCUGCACUCUUGUGGUCUUUGUUCCCACAUUUCCAGGCAAAAGUGUUCAGUUCAGAGUAAAGACUGAAAGAGUUGGCAGGUUUCCGGACCGACCCGGCCCGAGCAGACGGGGGUUCAGUCACAGCGGCAGUCGUUUUUGUAUGUGGCCCAGAAUGACACAAAGAGGAUCCAGUUUCCAAAUAAAUAUGUGAAUUAAUCCAGUUAGUAAGGCGGCGUGUUCGGGCCGUUGUAGCUGCCUGUGGAGGUUCUCAGUCGUCCAGGUCGCGGUUCUCCACGUGGAGCUGAAUCGAGGUCACCUGGACUGUUUGAUUCUUGUAGACGUUCCACUUCUCCUCCAAAAAGCUUUUUUUUGUAGGGAAAGAAAUGAUGGAGUCAUAUUCCAAGAAGAAAACUCAGAAUUUCCCAGGUUAAAAUCCUAAAUUUACUGGAAAAUAACUUGGAUAUUCUCUGAGACUAAAGUUGUAAAUUUGUGAGGAAAACUUAGAUAUUCUGAGAUUAUAAAGUCAUAAAUUUGGACUUUAUCAGCAGGGUGACCAGGAUUUCCUUCUUACUAAAUCUGAUUGCUGUUAUGUAUUUGGAACAAUUUUUCUGAGUUUUUUCUUGUAAAUCUGACACUUAAUAAUCUCAGAAUAUCCACGUUUUUUUUCUCCUAAAUUUACGACGUUCAACUCACAAAUUCUGGGUAUUUUCUCAGACCAUCACCAUCCCUGCCCAGCACUAUAAUAUUUUUCCUGUACGAUGGCGUAUUAGUGCCAUUGUACAGGAAUACAGUGCCUUCAUCACCAGACAGCUCCUGGAGCGUCACGACUCGACGAAACUUAACAGAGCGAGAGGACAUGAGGGGGACAGGACAAAACUCAGAAACCAACCAACCAACCAAACAAACAAACAAACAAAAACAAACAAACAAACAAACAAACAAACGUAAAGACCCAGACUCGCAGACUGAACCGAGCACUGCAGCCCUGCUUCCAGGUGGCUUAUAGCUUUUGCACUGGCCAACACAAUCCAACGCCAUACUGAGGGUGUUGCCCAACACUCGCACACGAGUAGAGCUACUAGACCAGGUUCACCCGACGGCCAUGUUCCUCUGACAUCACGCUCCGCCGCCGCCAUCACGCCGUGCUGCUCGGCGUAGAACCACAGAGAAGCUGACAAACUGCUUCCUGACUGAGGAACACCUGAAGAGACGAUGGAGAGAGAAACUCCACAGGGACGUCGGUUCAGAUUUCAAAAUAAAACAACAGGUUUGACAGCACCACGUGAUGACAGCGGCGGCGGAGGAAAAUGGCCGCCGGGUGAAUCUGGGCGAUGGAGUGAAGAGCACAUGAUUCCCCCUCCCCCUUUAGCAGCUGUAGUCAUGUUUAGCCGUCAUGUUUGCGGUGUUUCUUUCAUGAAUAUGUGCGUGUGUGUGUGUGUGUGUGUGCGUGUGUGUGUGUGUGUGUGAUUUGGAGCCGUGAGCUCUGUUGUUACUUAUGAUAUAAUAUUUAUGGCGUGUUCAGUUGUUUGGGGUUUUUGUUGUGUUUGUGUACAGUAUCUUUGACGGAAGUGUGAUAUUUUGAUAAUGUCAUGUCAGCUGAGAUACGUGUACAUUCAAUGCGUAGAGAAAAGGGAAGACGUAGAGAAAAAUGUGAAAACAUUUUGUGCAUUUAUUAUUGAAUAUUAUGACAAUUAAAAAAAAAUAACAAUAAUAUCCUGCCAAAUUGUUAUAUAGCUACCACAGCGCACGUUUUUGAGUGUAACUCCCCACCAUGUGUCUUCAUGUUGAUGAAAUAUACAACAAUACUAUUGACAAUGUCUUCAUAUGAUUAUUUUUUAAGUGAAUUUGUAAAUGAUAGAUUUAGAAAUUAUGAUGGUGUUGAGUAUGGAUUUAUUUUUAUGCUGUAGCCUAUACCAUGGAUAAAUUAUAUAGAGAGUUUAUGUAAACUUGUUGUCUUAUAGUUCACUCCUAUACGGGGGAGAAGCACAAAGUGAUUGUACAAUAUAUUGUGAAUGUUUGUAUAUUAUAGAUGCAAUUUAGUAUAAUAAAAAAAAUCACAAUCUUUAAACAUAAA